UAUGAGGUACCAACAAUGCUAAUAUCAUUUUAGAGAGAGGAGUGAGAAAGAGAAAGAGAAAGAGAAAGAGAAAGAGGAAGGGGCAGGGCAAUCAAGGUUUUAGCAAGAAGGAGAGGCUAGAAUUGCUUACAAAUCUACAAAGAGGCUAUAUAUACAGAUUUUUCCAUUUCUGAUCUUUUCAAGUAAAAGAAAGGAAAACAAAGAAAAUGGCUCCAAGGUCAGGCAGAGGCAAGUCCAAUAAGGCUAAAGCAGAAAAGAAGAAGAAAGAGGAGAAAGUAGUGGUGCCUAGUCUUGUUGAUAUCACUAUCAUCACUCCAUAUGACACUCAUGCUGUCCUCAAGGGCAUCUCUACUGACAGGAUACUUGAUGUGAAGAAGCUAUUGGCUGUGAAUGUAGAAACAUGUCACCUUACCAACUAUUCUUUGUCUCAUGAGGUUAAGGGUCAGAGACUGAAUGAUAGAGUGGAGAUUGCUGCCUUAAAGCCUUGUAUGCUCAGAAUGGUUGAAGAGGACUACACAGAGGAAGCACAGGCCGUAGCUCACGUCAGGAGGCUUCUAGACAUAGUGGCUUGCACCACCAGGUUCGCUAAGCCGAAGCGAUCACCACCGUCGUCAACGCCACCAUCAGAAUCCAAGUCCAAAAAACAUAACAUCACCACCGCUACUAGACCGAACCAUACCACAGCUGCUGCUGCUGCCCCAUCUGAUGCCAAUGGGCUCCACACAUCGACAAUAUCACCGUCGGCAGCGGUAUCGGAGAAUCUGGACAUGGCCGCGAUUCAUCCGACGCCAAAGCUCUCCGACUUUUAUGAAUUUUUCUCUCUUUCUCACCUCUCGCCUCCUAUCCUCAAUUUGAGGAGGUGUAACAGUAAGGAUGGAGAACAGAGGCGCGAAGGUGACUAUUUUGAAAUUCAGAUAAAAAUCUGUAAUGGGAAGCUAAUUCAUGUUGUGGCAUCAGCAAAAGGAUUCUAUACUGUGGGAAAGCAUUUCUCCCAAAGCCACUCCCUUGUGGAUCUUUUGCAAAAUCUCAGCCGAGCUUUUGCUAAUGCAUAUGAUUCACUUAUGAAAGCUUUUGGAGAACAUAAUAAGUUUGGCAAUCUUCCUUAUAGAUUUCGUGCAAAUACAUGGUUAGUUCCUCCACCUGUUGCUGAGUCUCCAUCAAACUUCCCAUCCCUACCUACAGAAGAUGAGUAUUGGGGUGGCAAUGGUGGAGGGCAGGGUAGAAGUGGUGAAUAUGAUCUCCGGCCCUGGGCUACAGAUUUUGCAAUACUGGCUAGCCUCCCAUGCAAGACUGAGGAAGAGAGAGUGACAAGAGACCGGAAGGCCUUUCUGCUUCAUAGCCAAUUUGUUGAUGUUGCAAUUUUCAAAGCUGUUAGAGCCAUACGCCAACUCAUUGAUUCCAAUUCAGUUGCAAGAGAAGUAAAUUGUCUAUCAGGUUCAAUUAUUUUUGAAAACCGUGUUGGAGACUUGUACGUUGUUGUAAAACGUGAUGCAGCAGAUGCAAGCUUGAAGUCUAGGGAAAAAGUUGAUGGAAAUAAAUAUUCUGGCAUCUCUGCUACGGAAAUUGCUCAAAGGAAUUUGCUUAAAGGGCUAACUGCAGAUGAGAGUGUAGUUGUUCAUGAUACUUCUUCACUGGGUAUUGUCAUUGUGAGACAUUGUGGGUACACUGCAACAGUAAGAGUUGUUGGUGAAGUGAACAAGAGACGCUUCGAGGCUCAAGAUAUCGAAAUUAAUGAUCAACCAGAUGGGGGCUCUAAUGCUCUUAAUAUUAACAGCUUAAGGGUUCUGCUUCAUAAGUCUUGCUUUGCGGAAUCAUCUGGUGGUCAGCCGCCUCACUCCACCUUUGAUGAUACAGAAAAAUCUAGAUGUCUUGUUCGACAAGUAGUUAAAGAGAGUUUAACCAAGCUGGAAGAGACACCAAUUUCUUCUGAAAGAUCUAUUAGAUGGGAACUGGGUUCGUGUUGGUUGCAACAUCUGCAAAAGCAGGAAACUUCAACCGACACUGAUUCUAAAUGCUCUGAGGAGCAUAACGAGACUGUACAUGCUGUGAAAGGUCUUGGAAAGGAGUUUAAGUUUUUGAAGAAGAGGGAUAGAAAAGUCAAUAUGGAUAUUACCCUUGUGAAGGAAGAAAAUGACACUGGCUCUUGCAGACUAAAUGUCGGAACUGAUGAGGGACAGCAUAGCAAUGGGGAGUCCAAUGAAUUAGAAGGAUUGAUUACUGAAGAAGCUUUCUUGCGUCUGAAAGAAACUGGGACUGGCCUUCAUUUAAAGUCAGGAGAUGAGCUUAUCCAAAUGGCAUAUAGAUACUAUGACGAAACCGCUCUGCCGAAGCUGGUAACAGACUUCGGCUCACUUGAACUUUCCCCUGUUGAUGGCCGUACACUGACUGACUUCAUGCACUUGAGGGGACUACAGAUGUUCUCUUUGGGCAAAGUGAUUGAACUAGCAGAAAAGCUUCCUCACAUACAAUCACUUUGCAUCCAUGAGAUGGUUACUAGAGCUUUCAAGCACAUAAUUAAUGCAGUUAUUGCAUCUGUGGACAACGUAGCAGAACUAUCUGCAGCCAUAGCUUCAUCCCUGAAUUUCUUACUUGGCUCUUACAGCAUGGAGGAUAAUGACCAAAAUGUCAAGGAUGAUCAUGGUCUCAAAUUGCACUGGUUAAGUACCUUUCUAUCCAGAAGGUUUGGUUGGACAAUAAAAGAUGAAUUUCUGCAACUGAGAAAGCUUUCGAUCCUUAGAGGACUUUGUCAUAAGGUUGGCUUGGAAUUGAUUCCAAGAGAUUAUGAUAUGGACUGCCCAAACCCCUUUAGAAAAUCUGAUAUUAUCGGCAUUGUUCCCGUCUGUAAGCAUGUAGGAUGCUCAUCAGCAGAUGGACGGACUUUGUUAGAGUCAUCCAAGAUUGCUCUUGAUAAAGGAAAGCUAGAGGAUGCUGUUAGUUAUGGAACGAAGGCACUAGCAAAGAUGAUAGCUGUAUGUGGCCCCUGCCAUCGAACUACUGCAAGUGCUUACAGUCUUCUAGCAGUUGUUCUUUACCACACUGGAGAUUUUAAUCAGGCAACCAUAUAUCAGCAAAAGGCUCUGGAUAUUAAUGAGAGGGAACUAGGACUUGACCAUCCAGAUACAAUGAAAAGCUAUGGAGAUCUUUCCGUAUUUUAUUAUCGGCUUCAACACAUUGAGUUAGCUUUGAAAUAUGUAAACCGUGCUCUUUUCCUUCUUCAUUUCACUUGUGGACUAUCUCAUCCUAACACUGCUGCAACAUAUAUCAAUGUGGCUAUGAUGGAAGAGGGCAUGGGAAAUGUUCACAUUGCUCUCAGAUAUCUGCAUGAAGCUCUGAAGUGCAACCAGAGAUUAUUAGGAGCUGAUCACAUACAGACAGCUGCAAGCUAUCAUGCAAUAGCCAUAGCUCUGUCAUUGAUGGAAGCAUAUUCUCUCAGUGUUCAACAUGAGCAAACUACUCUGAAGAUACUUCAAGCAAAGCUAGGAUCAGAGGAUCUUCGUACACAGGAUGCUGCUGCGUGGCUUGAAUAUUUUGAAACAAAAGCUCUGGAGCAGCAAGAAGCGGCACGAAAUGGAACGCCAAAGCCAGAUGCAUCCAUAGCAAGCAAAGGCCACCUUAGUGUGUCAGAUCUCUUGGAUUACAUUAGUCCUGAUCAAGAUUCCAGAGGAAGUGAGGCACAGAGGAAACAACGGCGCGUGAAGGUACUGCAGAAUAGUGAUAAAGGCCAUCAAGAUGAAACAGUUGAAGAUGCAAUGGUCCAUGACGGCAUGGAAAAUGCAACCUCUUUGGUCAACGGCAACUCUGAAGAAGUAAAGUUGGAGAUAAUUCAGAUUGAAGAAUCAGAAAAAAAAGGUAAUGUUGCUAUACACAGUUCCAUAGUUGCAAGUGAAGUUGUUGAAGAAAUGACAACAGAUGAAGGAUGGCAAGAAGCAAAUCCAAGGGGGCGGUUGGGGAACGCUGCUGGCAGGAAAUCUGGUCGCAGGCGACCAGCUCUUGAAAAGUUAAAUGUAAACCGGUCUGACUACUCAAAUUUCAGAGAUAGCAACUAUAGGAGGGAACUCAUCUCAUCAGCUCCAAAAUCAAUUUCCAGGGCCAUGACAACUGAGUUAAUACCACCAAAGCAAUCAAAAUUACGUGGGACAAGUGUUAUGGAGGAUUCAGUUAAACUGCAGCAAAAAGCUUGUGUGCCUAAACCAUUAUCUUCUCCAGCAAGUAUCACUACUAUGGCCUCUAAAUCUGUCUCUUACAAAGAAGUAGCUGUGGCGCCGCCAGGUACUGUUCUGAAACCAUCAUUGGAGAUGGUAGAAGAAUCAAAUGUGAAAACACCUGAGGGCGAGACAUGCAGCAUCCAAUGUGAGAUGGUGAAUGAAGAGGGAAGCAAAAAUAUUUCAGUUGCUGAUAAUCUACUGGAUAAUGCUGACACAGAUGGAAUUGGUGAUAGUGGGACUCAAUCAGAAAAUUCUAGCUCUGAACUUGAUGAGAUUUCUAGUUCUUAUAAUCAGGAGAAGUCUAAUGAAACAAAUGGGAGUAAGCUUUCAGCUGCAGCUGAACCAUUCAACCCAGGAGCACUCUCCAUGGUUCACCCAGUAAACUCAGUUGCCGUGACAAGCAUUUACGAUGUAAGAGCUAGUCAAGGUAUGCUUUCAGAGCCAGUGGCACCUCCACUUGCCGCCAGAGUUCCUUGUGGACCUAGAUCUCCACUUUAUUAUAGAACUACUAGACCUUACCGACUGAAACAAGGUUUGCUGAGAUAUCCAACUCCUAUGACAAUGCCUCCUAGAAGUAUGAAUCCACAUGCACCAGAAUUUGUACCCAGAAAAGCUUGGCAAAGAAACCCUGGAACUAGAGAUUCACAGGUUCCAAAUGAAUCCAACACUUUGAUAGAAAAGAGCAAGGUAGAAGAGGAGAAAUUAGAUAUGGAAUCCGGCAAUGAAGUUAAAGAUCUUAGCUCAAGAAAGACGAGCUCUGAGUCUGAGAAGGCAGAACUUGCUAGGCAGAUACUUCUUAGCUUCAUUGUCAAUUCAGUUCAGCAUAAUGGUGAUACUGGAAGUGAGCCUGUACGCAGUGAGAAGAAGCUUGACAGUUCUGAAAGUUCUUCAGAUGCAAUUGCAAAUGACAGUGCAAUCAUUAAAAUUCUCUAUGGGAACGAAGAGAAAACAAAACCUGUUAGUCAGUCUGGUGACAAUGAACAGUCAAAAACAACAGAUGUAAAUAAAAAGAAAAAUGGUGAUAAUGAAGGAUUUAUAGUUGUAAGAAAUCGGAGAAGAAAUAGGCAGUUCUCGAACGGGGUAACUGAGUUGUACAAUCAACAAUCAAUCUGCGCUUCAGUUCGUUAAAGUAAGAGAAUAGCAGAGGUAAAAAAAAAAAUAAAAAAUUACUGGAAAGGUGCUACCCUUUUGUAAGCAGUUUUUUGCAAGUCUGACAAAGCUCUUCGUUUCACCUAAUAACAGCAUAGAAAUUAUGGAAAGGCAAUGUAGAAGCGAAGUUUUGAUCAUAAUCUCUGUAUUUAAUUCUAUUUGUUUAUGGUUCAACUUGGUACAUUCUAAUAAUCUCUGUAAAAAUCUCAAUUUUCUGUUC